AUGAAACUAACCUGGUUCUGCUCACUUGCAUAUGCAACUCUUGGUCAACCGGUGCUUUUCAAGCCUCAAAAUAAUUUCCAUCAAAUAUCUGGAUUAAAUCCCUCCAUUCCUAUCGAUUUACCAUUCAACAAUCGGGCCUUUGGUCUAUACCCAAAUGAUGCAGAUUUCGAUGGUGAUUCCAAUGCUUAUCCAGCAGCACAAAUGCCGCCAGAGGCUUUCUCCUAUGGCGGGUUCAACUAUCAUUUUGCCAAAUAUCAUGCCACAGGCUAUGACAAUGUCCUCACUGCGGGACAGGAAAUAAUUGUCCCCAGGUCCAAAUACUUCAGUUACCAGAUGCUUGCUGCAUCGGAGUCUGGUAUGGCCUCAGGUUCAGUACUUGCCAACUAUGCGGACGGUAGCACGUCGAGUGGCUCGUUGCUAGUCCCAGCUUGGUGGAGCUGGCCCUAUCCUGAAGGAGGAGACUUGAUCUUUACUUGCUAUCUUACGGAGAAUAACACGAACUGGAAUCGCUCCAAUAUUUUCCAAACCACUACUUGGUUGGAUUCUUCCAAAGAGCUUGUCUCAUUGACUUUUCCUAAUAGUCCCGCCGGAUCGUCGACGAGUCCUGGAGGUGCGUCCAUCAGCACCAAGCUCCAUAUCUUUGCCUUGUCAAUGCUGCCAGUGUCGGGUGAAAAUACUGAAUCCAUUCAUUUGGAAACUCAAUACGCUCGUUCGACCAAGAAGUGGCUAGAAGGUACCGACAAGAUCCAAAUCGUGGAAGUUCUGGUUAACAAUGUGGGGUCUUCCAUUGCGUUGAGAAGCAACAACGUUCGUGUACGCGUCGAGUCACCAGGCUUGGAGACUGUAAGUGCUGGUGUUAUAAACCGACUAGGACCUAAUGAUCAACUGAUUGUGGAAAUCGGCGUGCGCAACUGCAAGGGAGUUCAAGCCGGGAUCUCUGGUCCUGCAACAAUUGUCAUCGAGGGCCAUAACGUGAUGUCCACCAGCUAUGCAUUCAACGCUACAUACGGGCUUGGUCUGCCUGGUCAGCUUUACGACCCUUCAUAUGAAUCUGUGUACACUCAUGAAUCUCCGAGCUGGUUUGACAAUGCCAAGUAUGGGAUUUUCAUUCACUGGGGAGUAUAUUCGGUUCCUAGCUGGGCGAACUCGGGAUCCAAAGAAGAUUACGCCGAAUGGUAUUGGUGGUGGCUUAAUGAAGGUCCGAGUGGCUCAGUGGGCGUAUAUGAUUACCAUCUGAAGAAAUACGGACCCAAUUUUGUGUACGACGAUUUCAUCCAGAACUUUACUGUCAGCAAAUGGGAUCCUAAGGAAUGGGUAGACCUAUUUGCUGAUGCUGGUGCCAACUACUUCGUUCAAGUCAGCAAGCAUCAUGAGGGAUAUGCUCUGUUUGGUCUUCCGGAGAAUGUGACGAAGAGAACUUCCGUGGCGAUGACUCCCCAUCGUAACUUGUUACAGGAAUUGUUUGACGCAGCCAAGAAAUAUCAGCCUCAACUACGUCGAGGAACAUACUAUAGCCUGCCCGAGUGGUUCAAUCCGGACUACAAGAAAUAUGGAUUCUCUACUUGGCCGGGAGGCAAUGCUACCAAUCCAUUCACCAACGAAACCUUACCAUAUACCGGCUGGGUUCCUGUGAACGAUUACAUUACUGAUAAAAUUCUACCUGAAAUGAAUACCCUGGCCGAGAUGGGAACGGAAAUAAUGUGGUGUGACAUCGGAGGACCUAAUCGUACGGCGGAGUGGGCUUCAGGGUGGUACAACAAGGCCGCGGGAGAGAAUCGCCAGGUUACCAUGAACGCCCGAUGUGGACUCCCAGGAGACUUUGACACGCCAGAAUACGCAACCUAUUCCGCGGUUCAAAGACGAAAGUGGGAGAGCAACCUCGGAAUGGAUCCAUACAGUUACGGAUACAACCGCGCCACCCCAUUGGCAAGCUACAUGAAUGCUAGCACCAUUGUUACUAGCCUUAUCGACAUUGUCAGCAAGAACGGAAAUUUCCUGCUCGACGUUGGGCCCACGGGCCAUGGAACCAUCAUAGACAUCGAGCAGAAGAAUCUUCGCGAAGCUGGCAAAUGGAUCAAGACGCAUGACGAGGCAAUCUUCAACACUACAUAUUGGUUUGUUACGCCCGAAGAGGGCGAAGUGCGAUUCACGAUCUCGCAAGAUGCGUUCUACAUCCAUGCACUAUCAAAACCCAACAGCACUAUCACUUUGUCAAGCCCGAUUCCUUGGGUGCAGGGUGAUCAAGUAACUGUAGUUGGGGGCAACAUGCAUGGUGCAGUAGUCCCAAGUCAUAAGGCUCGCAAUGGCUCAGUUGUUCUCUUUGUGAGUCAGGAAUUGGCUGUAGCCGAUCAAUAUGCUUGGGUCUUCAAGAUUCCAUACUAG